AUGACACGGCCAGUUACAUUGUUUACAGGUCAAUGGGCUGAUUUAAGUCUGAAAGUCUUAGCGAAGAAAGCAAAACAAUUUAGUUAUGACGGUUUGGAACUAGCAUGUUUUGGUGAACAUUUCAAUGUCUCUAAAGCAGCUACUGAUCAACGUUACUGUGAUGAACGUCGAUCAGUAUUGAAUGAAUAUGGUUUAAAUACUUGGGCAAUCUCAAUUCAUCUGAUUAGCCAAGCUGUAUGUGAUAUUAUUGAUGAAAGACGUCAUAAACAAAUAUUGCCGACGCAUGUGUGGGGCAAUGGAAAAGACGUUCAUAAACGUGCUGCGGAAGAAGUGAUGAAAUCAGCACAUGCAGCGAAAAAUAUGGGAAUCAAUGUUGUUAAUGGAUUUACAGGUUCAAAAAUUUGGCAUCUGUUAUACAGUUUUCCACCUGUUCAUAAUGACCAGAUUCAAGAAGGAUAUGAUGAUUUUGCUGAAAAAUGGAAUCCAAUAUUAGAUGAAUUUAAAAAAUGUAAUGUCAAAUAUGCGCUGGAGGUACAUCCAACUGAAAUCGCUUUCGACAUAGUAAGUGCUCAACGUGCACUUGAAAGUUUAAAGUAUCGUCCAGAAUUUGGCUUUAAUUAUGAUCCAAGUCAUCUCGGCUAUCAGGGUGUUGACUAUGUUGGAUUUAUUAGAAAAUUUUACGAUCGAAUUUAUCAUGUACAUAUGAAAGAUGUUUAUUGGUCUUGGGAUCAACCAUGUGAAGCAGGGGUGUUUGGAGGUUAUACUAAAUUUGGAGAUACACGACGAUUUUGGGAAUUUCGUUCACUUGGACGUGGUUCAAUUAAUUUUGAAAAAAUAAUUCGAGCAUUAAACAGUAUUAAUUAUUCGGGUCCAUUAUCUGUUGAAUGGGAAGAUGUAGGUAUGGAAAGAGAAUAUGGUGCAAAAGAAGCGGCCCAAUUUGUUAGAAAAUUAAAUUUUAAACCGAGUGAAAUUGCGUUUGAUGCUGCAUUUGAGAAACAGUAA